UAAAAUCACUACCAUGAAGAUUAUCGUUCUUGCCUGUCUCGCCGCCGUGGCUGUUGCCACUCCUCAGUUCGAGGACCGAGUGGUCGCCCUCCUUCGCGAUGACCGCGUAGCCAACGAAGACGGCACCUUCUCCUACGCCGUGGAAGCCGACAACGGCAUCAACACAGCCGUUGAAGGAGUUGUUGGAUCUGCCGGCCAGAUCAACCAGCAGGGAUCUUACACCUACACCCUUGCGGACCGAGUGGUCGCCCUCCUUCGCGAUGACCGCGUAGCCAACGAAGACGGCACCUUCUCCUACGCCCUGGAAGCCGACAACGGCAUCAACACAGCCGUUGAAGGAGUUGUUGGAUCAGCCGGCCAGAUCAACCAAGCGGGAUCUUACACCUACACCCUUGCGGACGGUACUCAGGCUGUUGUCACUUUCGUCGCCAAUGAGAACGGCUUCCAGCCCCAGUCCAGCAUCCUGCCCACUCCCCACCCUCUCCCCGCCCACGUCUUUGAGCUGUUGGAAAUCGCCGAGCGUCAGCGCGCUGCUGGCAUCGUGUUCAACUAAGGAAUAAGAAAAAAAUAGCAAGCAAAAAGAACGGAUGUGAAAUGAAUGUUGAAUGAAUAAAGUUAUGACCGAU